UAAAAGACUCAUGUACGGAGAUAAAUGAAACCUGAGAAGGGAUCCACCCCCAAUCCUGAAGAGAAACUGCUGCCUGACAGACUGCAACGGUCAAACAGAUGGGGACAAUGGCCAUGAUGCAGACCCCAGAGAGCCUCAGUCCUGGCCAAAACUGUGUGCUAAUCCUGAUCUUCACUGUGCUCCUGCAGUCCCUCUGCAUGGCUGUGACCUACGUGUACUUCACCAACGAGCUGAAGCAGAUGCAGGACAAGUUCUCCAAAAAUAGCAUUGCAUGCUUUUUAAAUGAAGAUGAGGGUCUUUGGAUUCCCAUAGAUGAGGAGAAUAUAAACCCUUGCUCACAAGUGAGAUGGCAAUUACGACAGCUCAUUCGAAAGAUGUUUUUGAGGAUCUAUGAGGAAACCAUUACCACAGUUCCAGAAAAGCAGCAAAAUAGCCAAAACCCAGUAGGAGAAAAAUUUCCUCAGAGAGCAGCAGCUCAUAUAACUGCAACCAGUUCAAGAAGUAUAGCCUCAGAUCCAAACUCCAAGAUUGGAAAAGCUUUGGGCCAGAAAAUAAACACGUGGGAGUCAUCAAGAAAAGGACAUUCGUUCUUGAACAGUUUUCACUUAAGGAAUGGAGAGUUGGUUAUCAUUAAACCAGGGUUUUAUUACAUCUAUUCCCAAACUUACUUUCGAUUUCAGGAAUCUGAGGAAAAUUUGGGAACAGUUUCAACAGAAAAGGGCAAAAAGAAAAACAAACAAAUGGUACAGUACAUUUACAAAUACACCAGCUAUCCUGAUCCUAUAAUGCUGAUGAAAAGUGCUAGAAGUAGCUGUUGGUCAAAAGAUUCAGAAUAUGGACUCUAUUCUAUCUAUCAAGGGGGAAUAUUUGAACUUAAGGAAGGUGACAGAAUUUUUGUCUCUGUAACUAAUGACAAACUGAUCGCCAUGGACCAAGAGGCCAGUUUUUUCGGGGCCUUUUUAAUUAACUAAGUGAUCUGAAGAGAAAAAAACCAGUGCCUUCAAAGUGACAUAUCACUUAUCAAGGUGAUAUGCUGUGAUGAUACAUCUCACAAAGGAAAGCUGCUUGUUGGUGAAGACCAAAGCACAUGCUUUUCAACACCUCUGAAGAGUGACCAGCUUAUUUCAGAAAAGUGACAUUGUCAAGAAAUCUUUCAUAAGUCCUUACUAACAGAAUUCUAAAAUACUUUGUUUCAAAAACUGUGACAAUACCUUCUAUCUUUCUUUUAUUAUUUACUUUUGGAAGAUUCUGAAAGGAAGAACUAUCCAUCACGUAAGUAGUAUGCCAUAUUGGUAGUUUGUAGGUGCCUUUCAGAGAGAACAUUCCCAAAGUUGAAGGCCACUACUGAAAGAUCAUGAGAGGUGAUCCUGUUACCUCCUGUUUAUAAACACAAUGUGCAAACAGAAUUUGCAUUUUUCAGAACCUGCAGGAUUUGUGCAAUACCCGUGAACUGAAUGGAAAUCAGAAAGUAGCACUGAAAAAAGUAUGUUUUUAUAAAGAAGAAGAAGAAGAAAGUGCAAAUUAAUGCUCAGUGGACAAGGGACAUUUUCUAGGUCUAUAUGUGUUUUUCAUUGCUAGAAAAAGUGAAACUAGCCAGAAACACUGAAAAUAUUUUAGAUAAAGGACUCUAUUACCAGUGAUCAUGUUGUCAUGAAUCAGGGAGUUUUGUUUCAUUUGAGUAGUAGGAGAAAAUGGGAAGUUGUAUAGGACAAACACAGGUAAAUCAUCAGAAAAGAACCAAAUAUUCUAUCUGUCCAUCUCCCCACCUUGUGCCAAAUAUAAAUAUUUAGUAAAUAUUUGCUUACGGUUGUAUCAUUUAUUUUCCAGAGGAACAAUUACUUUUUCUUCCAAAAUCAUUGAACAAAAUCUUUCAUUUCACCAUUUAAUCUAAACAGUUGAGGGGAAAAAAUCAGUUGGAUUAUUUGUCUAACCUCCUCCAAAUGUUAUCCCUAAACACAACACAAUUUAUUCUCUUUAGUUCUAGGUUCAAAUGUUCAUUUAAAUGUGUUCUGAUAAAAUGUCUUCAAAAAGAUUCAUUCAACUCUAAAUGCAUAAAAUGCUGCAGACACCUGUCACUUCUGAUUCUCCUUGCUCUGUUUUUUAAAACAAUAUUAAUUAAGUUCUUACAUCCCAACAAAUUGACUUAUCUAUUAUUUUGUAUUUUUUAUAGUUUGUAUUUACAAAUGGUAUCUUAUGAGCAAAUAAAGAUGAAACCUAAGGAGUUAAUCGCUAAAUGGGGAACUAGGGCCAAGAAUUGGUGAGUAUGGCCUUACUGCUACCCCCAGGGAUUACUAAUUCUAUGGUCAUAAUAUUUUUGAACUGGAAAGAAAAGUAGAAGUUUUUCUAAUCUAAUUUCCCAUUAAAAGGCAGAAAUUACUUUAUGGAAUAAUUCAGUAGAUUAUUUCCUUGGUAGACAACUCACGCAGUAGAAGGUAGUCAUCUCCUUAUUGGGUAGUUUUAAUUUUUUAAAAGUCCACCUUUAUUUCAAUUCAAGUUGGUUUCCACAAAACUUUUAAGGCAAAUUAUUUUGUAUUUUUUCAGAAUGUCUCCUCUCACGUGACUAUAAGCCAAGGGACACUUAGUCCCAAUUACACCUAUUUUUCCACUACCUAGAAAAAUAUCUGAACAUAACACCCAUACAAAAUAUAUUUGUCAGUAAAUAGAUGAACAAAUGAUUGAAUGCAUGAAUAUCUAAACAUAGGAAAGAAAAACAAAUCAAUAUCCCCUUACACUGAAAUAGUUUUGGAGAGUUUUUAAGUAGUCUCAAUGUAUAAAUGGCUUUUAAACCACAACUUAAAACCUAAAGAAAAAUAGUAAAAGACAUAGA